AUGGCACCUCCACGCUCGUUUUUAUACAUCUUGUCACUCGUUUGGACAUUUACUCUUCUUCCCCUUGUACUGGCAGCUCCAUGGAUCGUGACCCAGGACUACGAACAGGUCAUUGUGACUGAAUACGCCUACGAUGACUUCUAUGAGACGGCCGAUCCUACCAUCUCCACCUCAAUCGAGCAGAUCAUACCCACUGUGACCUCAUUACCCGUGGCCCUGUCAACCAUCACCUCCAUUGAUGAGUACUCCUCUGUGACCAUCGUUCAAAAAUUAUACCCUACAAGUGUGGGAACCCCCGUGCCCUAUGACUACGGAUACUAUGGCUACGACGACAGCACCGAUGAUGGCUACCAUAUGACCGUCUACGUCGUAAACAUCACCUACACCGCACCAACAGCCUGUUCAUCGGGCUGGACAACCGCCAGCCCGGUACCAGUGUACCCACCGUACGAUAUUAUGGACGCUCUCCCUACAACAGCGAUGUCAACAUCUCUAUCAGUUGACAACAGCGAGCCCUUCCAACCCACAACCUAUACAUACGACUACAUCUGGGUUGCAUCGACCCAAAUCCCAUCCAGUUCAUUAAGCUACUUGAGUUUAGAGUACUACCCAACAAGCAUGUACGAUAUGUGUGGCGGAUACCCAACCGCAACCGCAACCUCCACCAGCGAUAGCAGCGAAUGCGAAUACGGAUACUGUAGCUACUACCCCAAUUACUGGGAUGAAUCCGAUAACUGGUGGUUCGACAGCUGGGAGAUGGGAAUCUCACCAUUCGCACUGGUGAUGACACUCACAUUCGGGUGGAUCGGAAUCUGGUUAAUUGCAGGAUUCAUUGAAGCAUGGGUUCGAUUCCGACGAUUAAUGCUAGGAUGGCAAACUCGACGCGGACUUCCUGUUAGUUGGGCAAUUACCAUUCUCCCAUUGACCUUACUUCUACUUAUUUGGUUUCGGAAGGGAUUCCAUGCACGGAGUGAGGAGGAUGCGGCUGAGUUGAGGAAACAGUGGGAUGGGUUGGGAUUCUGGAAGAAGCUUAAGCUUUACUUUGUUUGGGGUUUCAGGUUUAAGUACCCGACUAUCCUUGGUGAAGCUCCUCCCAGAGUCAACCCGAGUAAGAGACCUGGUAAACAACAGCGGGAGUCUUUGUUGAGUCCUGCUGGUGUGCCUCCUGUUACCGAGAUUUCCCGUGAUGGCGCUGUUGCUGCGGAUCCGGAGUUGGGACAGGUGCCUGGGGAUGAGAGUUCGAGGGCUACUAGUGAGGCACAAGAGCAGGUUCCUGUUCAGGCUUCGGGAGCUUUGGAUGGGAAUCGUGAGGGACAUCAUGCCACUGGCAGUGAUGGGCAACACGAUAGUGAUGUUGGUCGGGCUCAGUAG